UGACAAUUUUUGUCGAAUGAAAACAAAACAAAAAUAAAAAAAAAAUCAAUUGCUCCAAUUAUCUUUUAAUUGUUAUGACGAAAACAAUGAUAAUUACGGCUCGUUGAAGAACGAUAUAAAAAAACGAAGAAAUGUAAUCGUCAUUUCUAAUUUUGUGUUGUUCUGUGUGUGUGUGUGUGUGUCAAAAUAAUAUUUGGGCCAAAUAAACAAAUCCAAGAUGUCUAAACAAACGAUGAAACAAAAGAUUGCCCCUACAUCUACCGGUAGUGGUUUAUCAUCAUCAUCAUCAUCAUUAUCAAAUUUUAAAAGUUCACAAAAUUAUUUAUGGAAUACAAAUGCUGUCCUAGGUAAAGGUGCUACUGGUGCUGUUUAUUUUGGCCAUAAUAAACAUAAUGGUGAAACCGUAGCGGUUAAAUGUUUCAAUCAUCUUAGUCAUAUGCGUCCAUAUGAAGUACAGAAACGUGAAUUUGAAGUGUUGAAAAAAGUGAAUCAUGAAAAUAUUGUCAAAUUAUUGGCCAUUGAAGAAGAAAAUGAUACAAAACAAAAAGUUCUCGUGAUGGAAUUGUGUACCGGAGGAUCAUUGUUCAAUAUUCUUGAUGAUCCAAUGAAUAGUAAUGGUUUAGAGGAGAAGGAAUUUCUUCUCGUUCUCAAACAUCUUGCUGCCGGUAUGAAACAUUUACGUGAUAUGAAUAUUAUACAUCGUGAUCUUAAGCCGGGUAAUAUUAUGAAAUUCGUAUCCGAAGAUGGUACCUCGAUUUAUAAACUGACGGAUUUUGGUGCUGCACGUGAAUUGGAUGAUGAUCAACAAUUUAUGUCACUAUAUGGAACAGAAGAAUAUUUGCAUCCAGAUAUGUAUGAAAGAGCCGUAUUACGAAAACCAGUGGGAAAAUCAUUCAAAGCAAAUGUUGAUCUUUGGAGUAUUGGUGUAACAUUGUAUCAUAUUGCAACUGGCAGCCUGCCAUUUCGACCAUAUGGUGGUCGUAAAAACAAAGAAACAAUGUAUAAGAUAACCACUGAAAAAGCAUCCGGAAUCAUUUCUGGUACCCAGACAUCUGAAAAUGGUGAAAUUAAAUGGAGCAGAAAUCUACCGGAUUCUUGUUUGCUUAGUCCAUCCGUACAACCAUUGGUUACGGAAUUAUUAGCCGGCCUUUUAGAAUGUGAUGCACAUCGUAUGUGGUCAUUUGAAAAAUUUUUUUCAAGUGUUACAAAAAUUCUUGAACAUAAAGUAAUAUUUGUCUAUUAUGUUGGAACAUUAUCGUUGCAUUCAAUUUAUUGUUAUCCAAAUGAAACAGUUUUGGAUUUGAAAUCAAGAUUUGAUUCAUUGUAUAAAGUGGCACCAAAUGAUCAGAUUUUAAUGUGGCCCAAUGAUAAUCUUAAUCAUCAUCAUAAUCUUGUUGGUGGUCGUCACAAUGACCAACAACAACAAAUGCCAUCGAUGAUAAAUGAAACAAUGUUGGCACAACAAACUAAAUUAAUUCCAUUACUACAAUCAAAUCAACGACGAUCAUCAUCCAUAUCGACAGUAAUUGCCAUUUUAUCUGAUGAUUUUAUCAUCACUGAUAUUCAUACUACAGAACAUUCACCACUGUUUUUACUAAAUGGUCAAAUGAAUUCCAAGAUUCGUUGUACAACUGGUCCAAUUGCACCGAGUAAAUUUCCUGAUAUUGCUACCACAAUUAUAAAUACAGAUGUUGAUGCACAAUAUGCAAAACUUUGUUCAUCACUUGCAUAUUCAACGUUGCGACAAAUUGAUAAAUUUAUUCACAAUUAUAAAUUAGCCUGCCAGAUUCCUUGUCAUAUGCUCCGAUUAAUCGAUCAUAAUAUGAAAAUUUUGGACGAAAAAUAUGGUUAUUUUAAUUUUCAUUUAAAUAUCCUGAAAGAACGUUUAGAUAAUCUCAUGCAAUGUAAUAGUUAUCUAUCACAAUUGAUAAAACUGUUGAUUGAUUCAAUUAUUAAGCCAAACACGGCGAUCACAUUAUUUAAUUUCAAUGUAACCGACCAGAUAUUGAAACAAUAUGAUAAAAUUCAUUCAAAUUUUAAAAGUCUUUCAUCGUCAUCAAUUAUGGAUGAAAAAUUGGAACAACUACGUGAUCUGUGGCCAACAUCUAAAGAAUUGGAAAGUAUUCGCCACUUGUUGUCCAUACAAUCUAGAGCUAAAAUUUAUACAGCGAAAAUACGUGAAUCAUGGCUAAUGUUACAUAAAGAUAAACAAAUUAAAUCACUGAAUCAUCACCAUGAAGAACAGCUACAUCAAUUGGAAAAAUUAAAAUUGGACAAUCAUUGUAAAAAAUUGAAUGAUCUUGUUGCGAAAGAAAUAAAUCCACGUGGAAGUAUUGCCGAUAAAUUGGAAGAAUGGUAUCAAGGUGCACAGGUUGCCUAUGUUAAACCACAGCUAAUCAUUACUGAACUUUAUGGUUUUCUUCCCGUUAUUGCUGAAAUUGAAAUGAAUAUUUGUUCAGCAUAUGAAGAUCAUAAUAAAAUGUGGAUGAAUCUAUUUAAAGAAGUGAAAAAUUUCGAAACAGAAUGGUCAGCAGCUGCAAUCGGUUCAUUGGAAUCGACCAACGUUUUACCAUCAUCAUCAGCGAUGGUUAAUCCAACGGCAGCAGCAGCAAAUCAACCAUACUCAUACAACAUUGAACCAUCCAAUCUGUCACUUACAUCGACCAUUUUUAAAGAAUUAAAUAGCCUACAUGAAGAUUCACAGAAACUGAAAGAAGCAUAUAAAGAUUUUGUCAUGAUUUUUUCCGAAGUACAAUCGAUCAACAAUUGAUGGCACCACGUGUUUCGUAAAAAUUUUUUUUCAUUGGAAUCAUUUUUUUUAAAAUUUUUUUUGAUUAAUUUUUUCUCUUUAUCAUCAUCAUUAUGGAAUGUCUGUCUGGUGUGUGUUUGUGUGUGACCACCAAAAAUUUGAUAUAUUUGGCAAUAUUGCCUUAUUUAUAAAAAUGUUGAAAAAAAUAAACGAAAUAUAUCAUGCAUGCGUGUA